AUGACUGCGCCGCCUGGGCGAGCCAUGGACGCCCACCACGCCGCGUCCGAGGACUCCAGCGGCUCCACAGGUACCACCACCACCACCACCACCACCACCGCCGCCGCCGCGAGCUGUCCCCGCUGGCCCCCGCUGGCCCCCGUACUGACCGUGCCAGACGAGCGGGUGCGCAAGUUCCAGAAGACGUCGAGCGCCUCGAGAACGGCGUCGAGCACCGCCAGCGCGUCGAUUGCCUCGAGUGCCGUCGCUGCCACACGCCCCGGCCCCGCAGACAGCAGGCCACCGGGCUCGCAGAGAAGGACGGCCAAGGUGCCGCUGGGCCCCCGUGGGCCGCCCCAGGACUUCUCCAAGCACCGGGUUGCCAGCGGAGCGCCCCCCGAGAACCGUUCGCUCCUGCCCACCACCCGGCCUGCCACGACGACCACGCACUCCAACGCGAACACGACCACGCACUCCAACACGAACACCAACUCCAACUCCAACUCCAACACGAGCACCAACUCCAACACCAACACCAACACCAACACCAACACCAACUCCAACUCGCCCAAGCCUUCCUCCGGCGGCGCCUACGACUUCCUCCCCGCCGUCAACUUCGACGACUUCGCCAACAGCAUGGCCUACGAGCCCGACCUGAGCGACUUCCCCGUCCCCGGCGGCUUCAGGAGCACCGCGCCCUCCGCCCACGCCGCCCACGCCGCCCCCGCCAUGCAGCCCUUCACCGCCGGCCAGGGCGACACCCGCAGCUCGUUCAUGCGCCGCUUCAGCCAGUCAGCCACCCGCAGGCCAGCCGCAAACAACCCCCCCAAGCCGCCCACCUCGACCAACCCCGUCUUCACCGACAACACAGCCAUGCCGCCUGCAGCAACCAACAUGGCCAUUCGAACUCGCCGCCAGAGUCACUUCCCAGCGCCAGCACCCCCCAACCCCGCCGCACGUGCACCGCGCAAGAGCGUCGGCCCAGGGAUGCUGCCCAUGGGCACCUUCGAGGCGCGCAACGACAUGCCGCGCCUGGCCAGUGGCAGCCUCGACCAGAACGGGCUGGGCCGCUCGCCGUCAAAGACCAAGGCUCACCGCCGAGAGACGCUGGCCGCCCACCACAACCCGCCCAACGCCGCACAGCGACUGCCAAGUGCUACACGGACCGCAAAGGCAAAGUCGCUGCAGCCGCCCUCGAGGCAGACGUCCGGCCACCAUCCAUCUGCACAGGCGCUCACCCCCGACCCCGGAGCCACGUCCGGCUCCCACGCUCGUUCGCCAGGCAGGUCGCCGGCUCAGGUCCCGCGUGAACACACGCCCUCUUCCUCGGCCAGCAAGCGGCAGUCCACCGUCCCGCAUCACUUCGGCCUGGGCGCGAGGACCAUCAGCCCGACAGAUGCGCGGAGGUUGAAGCGCCUAUCGAUGAACCCCAACAUGCCAAUGCCAGUGCCGGGGCCUGGUGGACCCGUCGGCCCGCCCACACCACAGGGCGACUUCACCUUCGACGAGCAGGCCUUCAGCCAGUCUCCGGCCAUCUCGAUCAGGAAGAGCGAGACGCCGUCUUCGGCGCGUGCCACGCCAGAGCAGAACCGCAAAUCGUACGCUUCAGGCAUCUCCUUGUCCUCCACUUCCAGCAUCAACUCCUUGAAGGUGGGCGGCUCUUCCAUACCGCUCCGUACUAACCCUACUUUGCAAAGCUCUAGGCUACCCACUGCGAAGCCACGCAACGUCCACAGCUCAGCGGGGGGAGAAACAGAAGACGUUCCGCCCGUGCCAGCCAUCCCAAAGGCGUACGAGUCGCCGAAAGACCCCGAACGCCAAACCUUUUCUUUCGCGACGUCAGGAGCGAAGCCGAGCACUCCAUCAGCAACGAACCCGCCACCGACAAACUCCACGCACGGAGGCCGGGUCAACGAACGUACCAUCAAUGAUCUGUCACAUCUAAACUCAAGCACAGGGUCUAUUCGGCACAGACGCGGCCUUACCGUAGGAGCCAGCGCAGAGGUGGAGAGAACCCCGACACUGCAGCAUUCCAGCAAAAAGGACCUCCAGCCUAUCAGGCUACCACCUUUGAAUUUGCUCCCCCUCGACACGCCCGUCAGCAACCGCAUCUCCUCCUUCACAGCUCCUUCUCACGAGGGCGACCAACGCAAUGUGACGCCACCUCCAAAACGGGCCACCAACAAGACACCCAGCACACCCAUGACAGCGUCCAAGACGAGCUUCUUCUCGGGCAGCAGCUACCACAAGGGAUAUGACUUUGGCAAGCACAUUCGCAGCACCAGCUCCGCGAUAAACCUUCGCAGUGGCACAGACGCCAAGGACAGUUCGCAUGGUGGGCUUUCUGCAAUGCCAAUCCCCACUCUGAAUCCUGGACGACAGGCUACUACGCCUUUCUCAUCCAACUCGUUGCCAAAGGGCAGCGGCGAGUUCACCCACUUGCAGUCGCGUCCGAGCGGCGAGUUCCAGUCCAACGAGAAAGACGUGGAGUUGCAAAACAUGAGAACGGCUGAUCCACGACCACUGAAGAAGAGCAACACGACAGACUCUGCCAAAACAUCUACAUCCACCGAGCCGGAGACGCCUUCCUCGAGCACGUCACUCAGGCGGAAGCUGAGCUUGGGUGGCUGGCGACGAACCGGAUCCAAAGUCGCAUCUCACUCCUCGCAGAAUCAGCAAACUCGCAAGGGCCCUCAACAAGCGGAUCCAUCUGCUCCGCAGCCGCCAAAACAUGGUGACAUGCCACCUCCCCGUCUGCCGGCCUCAGCUACGUGGAGUGGUCCCACCAACACCAGCCCCACCCCUGACACGAACGCAAACCGUAUGCGGCCGUCACUCGAGUUCAACCGGCGGAAGCCCUCUACUGCUACUGUCACGAGCGAGAAUGACUCCGAUGCGGCAGCUGCGCGCAAGGAUACGAAGACAGCUACUGCACGAACAGCAUCGGGGUACAACGCCUCACCCACUGGGCAACCCACCACGAAGCCAAGUCCAUCUAUAUUGCCGUCCAUGCAGCGAAUGCUUGGCACAAAGUCUUCCUCCAACGUACUCAGGUCUCGCAAUUUGGACCCAAAUCUCGAUCGAGACGACCUCAUGGCAGACGAGGAGAUGAAGAAGCUUGCCUCGAAACGCAAAGACUUUGAGCACGCGGCGCGCGACGUGGACGCACUUCGCAAGCGUGCGGUGCCUCAGGAGCGCGUCACUGCAGCGCAAGCUCUGCAGAUGGUGAACCUGAACAUAUUCGAACGAGGCGAAAUCAUCGACUACAAGGAAAUCUACUUCUGUGGCACCAAGAACGCCAAGAAGCACGUUGGCGACCUCAAUGCGCAGACCGCUAACUUCGGCUAUGACGACGACCGGGGCGACUACAACAUAGUCUUCGGAGACCAUCUCGCCUACCGGUACGAGGUGGUCGACCUUCUCGGCAAGGGCAGCUUCGGGCAGGUCGUGCGCUGCGUCGACCACAAGACAGGAGGGCUCGUUGCCAUCAAGAUUAUUCGCAACAAAAAGCGAUUCCACCAGCAGGCUCUCAUCGAGGUGAACAUCCUGCAGAAGCUGCGCGAAUGGGAUCCUGAUAACAAGCACAGCAUGAUCAAUUUCACGCAAAGCUUCUACUUCCGCGGGCAUCUCUGCAUAUCGACCGAACUCCUUGGCAUGAACUUGUACGAGUUCAUCAAAGCUCACGAGUUCAAGGGCUUCUCGCCGCGCCUUAUCCGCCGCUUUUGUAAGCAGAUGCUUGGCUCGCUGGUCCUCUUGAAGAGCCAGCGGGUCAUUCACUGUGAUCUGAAACCCGAGAACAUCCUACUCGCGCAUCCACUGCACUCGGAGAUCAAGGUCAUCGAUUUCGGGUCGAGUUGUUUCGAGAACGAGAAGGUGUACACGUACAUUCAAUCGCGUUUCUACCGGUCACCAGAGGUCAUCUUGGGCAUGAGCUACGGCUUGCCGAUUGACAUGUGGAGCUUGGGCUGCAUCCUCGCCGAGCUCCUGACUGGCUACCCCAUCUUCCCGGGUGAGAACGAGCAGGAACAGCUCGCUUGCAUCAUGGAGAUCUUUGGCCCGCCGGAGAAGCACCUCAUCGAGAAGAGCAGCAGGAAGAAGCUUUUCUUCGACUCGCUGGGAAAGCCAAGAGUUACUGUCUCCACAAAGGGACGCCGCCGCCGACCGAGCUCAAAGACGUUGCAGCAAGCUCUCAAGUGCGAUGAUGAAGCCUUUCUGGACUUUAUUGCGCGGUGCCUCCGCUGGGAUCCCGAACGUCGUAUGCGACCAGAUGAGGCCAUGCAGCACGAGUUCAUCACGGGGGCUCGCAGAAACGCUGGGCGACGACCUAUCAACACCGCUGCGGGGACUGCAUCUCCCGUCAAACGAGCACCGGUCGCUCAGACCCCGCAAGCUCGUGUUCGACCGCUGCCGGAGCCUCCUGCGACUAGCAUCAAGAACGGCACUGCAGGCAACAGCAAUCAGCGCGUACCAAGUAGCUCCCCUGUCAAGUCCAGUGCGCCCCGACGGCACUCGACCGUCAGUGGCGCACCCGGCCCCGGAGGAGUGGGCAUCAAGCGAGCCACAAAUGGGGCCCCGGCCAGCGCUGCCAGCAGUCUUCCACGGGUUGCUCAGCGCAGUAUAUCUGGCAAGCCUGAUCUUGCCUCAGCGGCGGCCAUGGCCAGUCUCCAGAAAACGCGCUAG